AUGUAUGCCUGCCCGCCUAUGCCUCCUGUACCCUGCCCACCGGAAUGUCCACCCUCGAAACCGAAAUACGAUCCUUCUGCGAGAUAUUACCGAGAAAUCGGGACUGCGGUGAUCGGAAAUCAUUUGAUAAUUCGUAUGGAAAGAGAAAAGGGAAAAUCGAAGAAGUUGAAAGGUUGGGAUCCUCCGUGCGAUUGUGACGUGAUAGAAAUACAGAGGCCGACGAGCACCCAAGGGCCGAAAAUAUUGAAGGGGACUGACAACAAUCGGAUCCUGUUCCGUGUCGAGUCGAAGAACGCCGCCGCGAAAAUAGACGAGGAAGAUACCAAGCCUCAAGCCAUUUCUUACGAGGUUGGCCAAUGUAGAGGAGGUCCGAACACGAAUAAUCAGUGCAGGACGUUCACUAUUUACCCCGUUCUCGAUGGUUCCGAUGCCCAGGAAGUCCAUACGGAUCGCGUGACCGAAGGAAACGAGAACGUGUUCAUGUUAAAAGUGAAAAAGAAGGGUAUUUCCGUUGAUGAACCGAGAAGAAACGUAGAACUCGAGUUGAGAACGCCUAAACCACCGACACCACCGGCACCACCUCCGGAAGAACCGAUACAUCGACAACCGACCCGAAACGUUGAUUUUACGCAAGACGAAAAUGAUACAGCGACGACGAUGUCAAAAACAAAAUUAAGAAAAAUUAAAAAACGAGGGAAGAGGGGAAAGAAAUAAUUUAGAAUCUGUAAGAAACGUUUUAUCGUUUGAAAAAAUUGAAAGCACGUAGAGAAGUAAUUAAAGGCCACGCUGUUUUGCAUAGUAAAAUACAUUUAAAGGGAAAGUAACUUUAAAGAAUUAAAAAAGCUCGUCCUCUUCCUUGUAAGGAUCUAAGAGAAGUUUUCUCCAGAAUCAUCAGAAUCGUUGUUACAUCGCCAAAAUUUAAAAAGCGGGACAGCUUCUAAAAUAUCAUCU